UACUUGCCGAACCAAACUCUAAACGUUCCAAAGCAAACUCUAAACGUUCCAAAGCACUAGCGGUUCAUCUGCACUGCUAGUGAUUUGGAGGUUAACUCGUAUCACGGUCACUAUCUACAUAGUUUCCGGCGAACUCACUCUAGAAAGAGGGAAUAUUAAAGACUCACUGUACCAGGGCCAAGAGAGAGAGAGUGUUCCAGUAACAGUAUUACCAUGUCAGCAGAGAGAGUAGACGUUCUCAAUCUCUCUCAAGUGAACCUUCACGAAUCCCCCUCUUCUCAUUCUCUUCUAUUUCGACUGAAACAAACCCUAAACUCAUGCUCCAAAUCAAUUGAAGCCGAAGAAUUCAGACAAUCCGAAGAAUCAAUUUCUAAGAUUACUGAGUUACUCAAUUCUGUUUCCGAUGCCGUUGUGUCAGAACCAGAAAAUGAGGCUGUACAGAACGAAGCACUUGCGGUUCUGACUGAAAUUCAUCAAUACAUAACUGAACCAUCACUGGACCAGGCAGUCAUUGAUGCUCUUUCGUUUGAGUUACCAAAGGCGGUUGCUAGGUUCGCUAGCGCGUCUCAUGGAUGUGUGGAGAUUGCUAAGAGUGUCAUUGAUCAUUUCAUUGGGACUUGUAGUCCCCGUGAUAUGAUUGCGGUUCUUUGCGAGGCACUAGGUUCUCCAAGCAAGAUGUUCAAAACUCAUGGUUAUUUUGAUCCUCUUCUAAGCGGGCUGCCAAAAGUUUUUGUCGCAAUUCAGAGGCGUCACUUUGAGCAAAUUAAAGCAGCAGUUCCUGUUGUCCUUAAUGUUUUAACGGCCGUGUCUUUAGACUCAAAUGACAGAGAUGAAAAUUCUAAGGAUUUGUUUGACAGAUCAAUAGGCAUUGCGAAUUCUAUACAAGCAGUUUGUGUAAAGUUGGAUGACAAAGUAAACGAAAAGCUCCGUGCUCUACUAGGCCUUUUUGUCAUGCAAAUUAUGGCUCUUGUUUCAAUUAGCUUGAGAGAUAAAAUUUCAAGCUGUCUGGAUUUGGUGAAACAACUGUCACACAUUCUCCGAUCCUGUAAUAUAUCAUAUCUUGGUUUAAUAACUGGGUAUGAUAUAGAUACACUUACUAGCAUUGUUCUUGGAGAUGAUGAAGAUGAUUAUAUGAGUUGUUUUUCUCAUGUCAAGCAUGGAGCAUCUCUCGCAGUAGUGAUUUGGGGCCAUAUGUCCAACGAGGUUGCUCAGGCUGCUGACGAUGAUUUAGCUUCUGUGAAGGAUGAACUUUGCAGAGACCAGACUAAAAGGUGGCAAGCAAUAAAAAUGUUAAAGCACAUAUUGUCAUGGGUCGAGUUGCGAUGGGAUUUGAAGAGCCAUGCUAUCAUUUUCUUACUUUACAUUCUGAAUGGAAAUGUUCCCCACAAAUAUAACAGUGCACAUGUGGAUGACUCAGUUCAUAUGCUUGGCCUUUUUGCUUCGUUGCAGGCUAUUGAGAUGGUCAUUAUAUAUGCACCGGAUGCAGCUUUACGGAAGAAUGCUUUUGAUGCACUGAAAAGGGUUCUUGUGGAUAUUCCUUCUUCUCAUAGAUUUGACAUUUUACUAGCUUUGAUUAAAAAUAGCGACUCGUCUUCCAUGAUUGCAAUUCUCAUAGGUCGUCUUAAAGAGGAGAUGCACAUAGCAAAUUGCCAGAAAAUUUCAGUAGGAAAUGAUGAGGUCCUACAGGCAAAAGAUGAGGCAUCUCAGUUUGCAUUGUUUUGGAGUGCUGGUGUCCUUGAAUUGGUGGAUUCAGUUUUGAGACCUCCACAGGGAGGACCUCCAUCCCUCCCCGAGUAUAGUGAUGCGGUUCUUUCUGCCCUCAACCUGUACAGAUUUGUACUGAUAACAGAGUCUAAAGGGAAAACCAACUACACCGGAGUGCUCUCGAGGAACAACUUAGAGAAGGCCUACAAUGAAUGGUUUCUACCUCUUCGAACCCUAGUGUCAGGCAUUGUGGCAGAAACUCGGAAGGAUUGUGAUGAACUUGCGUAUGACACAGUAUGUGCCAUAAACCCUAUUGAGUUAGUCUUAUACCGAUGCAUUGAACUCGUUGAAGAAAAGCUGAAGCAUUCUACUUAGAUCAUUACCUGAACAUAUGACGUGUUGAGUAAUCAAUUGUGAAAUAUCAUCCGAGUACAAGUUUCCAAAGGAUUGAUGAACACAAGCGUGCGCAGAUAUACAUCCUUGUUUUCUAUAUUCCAACUUUGAGAUUGUAUAGAUUAAUGUAGAGUCAUAUCUUUUCUCCUCUAGGGUUUUGCUUAUUGCUAUAGUUGUCAAACAUUUAUUCUGCAUUAAAACUAGAGAUCUCAUCGAUUUAAUUUCGUAGUAAUUGGAAAUGCUCCUCAUUUUGUUGAAUCAACAAUCAUCUGUGUGGUUCGACUUAUGAUCGGAGUCUGUUUAUUUAGUUGUAUUGAUAUUUUGCACAUC